GUCCCCUUUUCAUUUAUUUAUAACCUAAACCCUAGCAGCUACUCUCUCUCUCUCUCUCUCUCUCUCUUCGAGUUCACACACAUUCCAAGUAACAAAGAUGUCGAGCACCGACGCCGAACACCGCGAAGAGGAGGAGGCUCCCGCCGGCGAGGACGAGGACACCGGAGCUCAGGUCGCUCCGAUAGUCAAGCUCGAAGAGGUCGCCGUCUCCACCGGCGAAGAGGAUGAAGAACCUAUUCUCGACCUCAAAGCGAAACUGUAUCGUUUCGAGAAGGACGGGAACCAGUGGAAGGAGCGGGGCGCGGGAACUGUGAAGUUCUUGAAGCACAAAGUUUCAGGGAAGGUUAGACUUCUCAUGAGGCAAUCGAAGACACUUAAGAUCUGCGCCAAUCAUCUCAUUGUGUCGUCGAUGAGUGUGCAAGAACAUGCUGGGAACGAAAAAUCUUGCGUAUGGCACGCGAGGGACUUUGCCGAUGGAGAAUUGAAGGACGAGCUUUUUUGCAUUCGAUUUGCAUCAAUUGAAAAUUGCAAAAAGUUCAUGGAAACAUUCCAAGAAAUUGCUGAAUCACAGAACAGAGAGGAAAAUAAGGAUGCAUCUGCUGCUGCUGGUCUCCUUGAAAAAUUGAGUGUUGAAAGGAAGGAAGAUGAGAAGAAAGAUGAAGAGAAGUCUGAGGACAAAACUAAGGAACAAGAAUCAGUGUCCGGAAAGGAAAGCGAGGCAGAUUCAGAGAAGAAAGUUGAAGAGCAUGCUACAUCAACUUGAUUAUAAUCUUUUCAUAUUUCCUACCUGGCAAUAUGACAUGGUUUGGUGGUUGACCUUUGUGCUGCCCUUAUUGAUAUUCUCUCAUAGUUGUCUUCAGAUUGGGUCAUAGCAAUUCUAGUGAGCAGUCUGUUUGUUGAGUCUUUGUCAGCAAGCAAAGUUUCAGUCAGGUUGGAAGCAUCAUGGUUGGCGCUUUCAGGGUAUGGGAGUUUACUUGUGUUAUUUUCAUUCUAUUUAUGUAUUUGUUGAAAUUUGAAUGAGUUCAUGUUGGUGUUGGAAGAGUGCAUGGGGGUGGGGGAUAGGAAAAAAAUUAUAAACAAAGGUUUUGGAUACAAUUUAUUGAGUUCAACAUUUUAGAGUCAAAUUACGUGGUAUAUGACUUGCUUUUGCUACAUUUUUGUCCUUUAAUUUAAAAGGCAAGCAUCCCAGUUGGAGCUUCAUCGCUAUACCUGGGUCUAGAUGGAGAUGGUAAUGCCAGAAGAAAGCAAUGGGGAAAUUAUUAAAAUAAAAUAUAUAGUUUAACCAUCACGAAAUCGAGACCUUGCAAUGACGUUUUCCGCAUAAUUGUAAUGAAGAUUAACUCUAUAGCCUGUCAAAUUCUUGACUAAGGCAGGACUCCCUUGUUCAGUAGCUUCAUCUACGACAGAUCCGUUAUCGUGGUAAAACUCAAACCCGUGUUAAAAGGGCAUCUCCUGGGUAUGUGCCAGACAUGAAUGUAGUAAUUAUUUUAUGUGGAUCUCACUGUAUGAAGAACUUUCUCAUUUUUUUUUCUCUAGUGGUAUAAUUAAAGCUUGAAUUUUUU